UGAGUUAUGAAGUACAGACCAAGGACCAAGUCUUCAAUCUUGAUCAGCGGUAUCUAAUUAGUACUCAGACUUCCAAGAAACUCUGAGUCAUCUUAACAUUAACAUGACGAUGCAGUGAAGUGACUCUAAAGCGUAGGUGCGCAUCCGUCCUUAAUUUAUUUCAGGUUAUUCUUGGUCGUUGAGUUUCUACGCGAUUUCUCCGCAAAAUGUGGUAGAUGGAAAGCUCCUCAAGGAUCUAAAGGGAUUAGUUGCUGCCUUUUGAAUCAGAUAUGGACCAGAACCCCUUUGCAGCCCUCUUUCGAUCAGUUGAAGAGGCAGAAGAGUUCAGAAAACACUCUUCAAAGACAUCAGCACCAAAUGUUUCAGCAAAAGGAAUCAUUGACAAUGAUUCAAAACCCAAUACAAAAAAUGAUGCCCAGAUAAACGAGGAAGAAAAAGCAUGGAUAGUGAAUGACAUGUUUCAGCGUGUGUUCCUGAUCACCGUAAAUAAUGAUGGAGAUCGUCUUGGAAAGAAACAAUUUGGUGGUCUCCCAAAAAGAUGUGUCUAUUUGCGCAAUACUGCUAGUACUGAGGAGGGAUCAAUUCUUCAGUGGACCAACAUUGAUGAGGCCAUUAUGGAGCGGCUAAGUAUGAAUCAGCCUCGUUCCCAUGUGGUGAUCACAGGCGGUGCCCGUAUGUCGUCACUUACAGCUGAGAUUGAAGCAGGAGAAGUUUCAAAUGUAAAAUACUUGGCCUCCUGUUACAAAAGAGCCACUGAGGAGUGCAAGAAAUGGAAGGAAAAGGAUGCGUCUCUUGUGGAAAUUACAGACAGAGCAAGAACACUGGCGUUGUCUUAUGCAGGGACUUGUUUAUUGAGCCCAGAAAUGUUUUCUAAAGCUGCCCCUCAGAAGCACUUGUUUCAACUACUAUUGACCAUGCAAGGAGAUCAAGUGCUUUUAGAGUUCAUGGAUGGUCUUGUUGAGGAGCAUCAACAAAAAGAUGAUCUGAUGACUAUGUUCUCUCCAGUUCUUGAGAUGUUGGCCGAUAGAAGCAAAGAUAUCUCGUCACUUCUUCAGCCUGACAUCCAUAACUAUUUUGAUAUACUGCUGUUCUUUGCAAAGCAUGUCACACUGGCUGAGAUCCUUGUGUCAUCAAGAUUCUGGCUUCCUGCGAAAUCACCUAUAGGUGCAAUUCAAGGCCAUGCCUUUGAGAAGCAAACCUUGUUAGGAUUCUUAUUAGCAUUGACCAGCAUGUCCAGGGAUCCAACCAAACCAUCUGAAUUUUUCCAGCAUCCAACCGAGCAGAGUCAUGCUGACAUGCAAGCCACUAUGGCCAACUUACGCAAACACUUGGAUACAUUGUCGGAGAAACUCCAUAAGGUUGUCAUUGAGAUCAUGAAAAAAUCAAGUUCUGCAAAACACCAAGUUCUUUACUGGAUUGGAGCAUGUCUCCAUGGAAACAUAACAAGGAAGAAGAUGAUGGCAGAGUUUUUUACAGCAACCCAAGCACAAGAUGGAUUCUUUUUAAAUCUUAGUACUCUGCUCCUGAAAAUGUGCCAGCCAUUCAUGGACCCAUGCUCACCCAAGCUUUUGAAAAUCAACCCACAGUACUGUGCUGUGAAUGUUAGUUUUGACAGCAUUGCACGAGAGGGCACUGCAUUACAUGUCAUUGGACUUGAUGGGGAAACACGACUGGUUGUACCACCUAAUGAAGAGAACAUUACGCUGAAGAACACACCAGCAUAUGGAUUUGUGACAGAGUGCUUUUUCAUGACUCAUCAUUGUCUCAACUUGGGUCUGUGGAAAGUCUGCGAGAAAUACAGAAAACUCAUGAACGAGUUAGCACAAAUGCAACAGAUGUACCAAGAUGCCUCAGCACAGGGAACUGAAGGAGUUUUGUUAGAAAGACUGAAAGUCCAGUUUGAGAACAGCAUUAUCAAACAGUUGUCUCUGAAGACUCAUCUCCUUAACCCGUCCCUCAUUGAACUUGGCCUGAAGUUUUACAUAGCAACUGCAUCAUGGCUGAAUCAAGUAGCACUGGCUGGGGACAGCUUUGAUGAGAUGACUUCUUUUAAAGAAGUGGAAAUUCCUCUUCCAACACAGACUCCUACGGGACUCUUGUUUGUCCCUGAGUUCAUCGUGGAAAACAUGGCUGACUUUAUAAUUUUUCUGAGACAUUUCAGUGAAGAAACUUUGGAGAGUGCAGGAAAGUCUCUACAUCAUCUUGUAACAUUUUUUGUCAUUUACAUGGGGAGCCCUGAACGUGUGCGCAAUCCGCAUCUCAGAGCAAAACUGGCAGAGACUCUGGAGGCAUUGGUUCCCAUUCAGAAAUCCAAGAAUUCAAGUGAACUUUUGUCUGUCCCACAAGUCAAUUUGUUCAACAGACAAAGUGCUUUCCUUCAACACAAAGUUGCCCCUGCCUACCUCCCUCAGGCUCUUUUACAACUGUUUGUGGACAUAGAAUUCACAGGACAUUCCAUGCAGUUUGAGCAGAAAUUUGGUUACCGGCAUCACAUGUAUUCGGUUUUGAAAUUCAUGUGGCAGGAAGAUGAUUACAAAGCUUCCCUGAUGAAGAUGGGUGAAGAGGCUGCUGAUGAAAAGAAGAAGAAAACAGCUAUUCCACUAUUUCUUCGUUUCCUUAAUUUGUUGAUCAACGAUUCUACAUUUCUGCUGGAUGAAGCUCUUCAGUUUAUGGCAGCUCUGAAGAAGCUCCAAGCUGAGAAAGACAGUGGAGACUGGGAGAGUUUAACAGAGCAAGCACAACAACAGAAGCAGCAGGAGAUGCAGCAUACCAGUGGAAUGGCUCGCAGUCAUAACAUCUUAGCCAAUGAAACUGUCCGUGCACUGAGUUAUAUAACAGCUGACAUCAAACAACCAUUUCUCAUAGGUUGCAUGGUGAGGAGGACUGCAGAUAUGUUAAAUUACUUCCUUCUAAGAUUGGUUGGACCAAAAAUGGGAGAACUGAAGGCAAAAAAUCUCUCAGAGUUCCAUUUUAAGCCUCAAAAGCUGGUUUCUGAUAUUAUUGACAUAUACCUUAACCUUGGUGAACAAGACUCCUUCUGCAAGGCAGUUGCCUCAGACAAAAGAUCCUACUCUCCAAAUUUAUUCAAACAAUCAGAGAGGGUGCUCAAAUUGAUUGGAAGACCAUCUUCAGUAAUCUUUAGACUUAGUGAACUUGCAGAUCGUGUUAAUGAAUUUGCCCAGCAAGAUGAAGAGGAUGAUUUGAUAGAUCCACCAGAAGAAUUUCUUGAUCCAAUAACAAACACACUGAUGACUGAUCCAGUGAUUCUUACUACAUCAAGUAAAAUUGUAGACAGAUCCACCAUCUGCCGUCACCUUCUGAGUGAUCAGACAGAUCCUUUUAACAGGAGCCCUCUUACUCUUGACAUGCUGAAGCCACAUGAUGAGUUACAGACAAAAAUACAUGCCUGGAUGGCAGAAAUGAAAGCUCUAGGGAAACGCUGACGUUAAGUUUCUCACAUGGUCCUCCAUGAUGGCCCUCAUUUCCUCUCACUUCUUUCUCAGGAAAUUUCCAAUGAAAGUGUCCUAGUUUGAGUCAGUCAGGAGGACUGUGUGAAGAUUGAAGAAAUCUUUUUGGGUUUCCUGGUGAUUUUUGGAUGUUCUACUCAUCUGGGAUAAAUUUUGUUAGGGCUUAGUUUAUUUCCAUGUUUUCUUUUUUCAAGAAAAUAGGUUGUUGGGGGUAGUUGGGUGGAAUUUUAAAGAGGAGGACUCUUAUGUUAUUUCAAAGGAUAAAGAACAACAGGCUUAGUUUUCUGGGUCUUGAGCUAACUGAAAUAUUCUGAAAAAUUUUCCAAAUCUAAACAUUUUCAAUCAAGGGUUUCAAAAGUAAUCUUUACUGCCAGUAAUAGCUGUUACAUUUUUGGGGGUCUAAGAUUAUUACUGGUGCCAUUUGAAGGGCAUGAAACAUGGUAUUAAUCAAGCACUUUGGUCUGGGCGAGUCCUUGGAAAGUUUGGGACCUUCCCUCUCAGUCAAAUGUUAAUCAAAACAACCAGGAUGCCAGUCAGAGGCUUGUGUAAGAGUCUCUUUCCCACCCUCCUCUUCCCAUUGUCAAAUAUUGUCAACACCUUUGGUAGCACUUUUCAGUUGGCAGCUGGGUUUUUUUUCCUUGUCAAGAUAAACCUAGAGCAUCAUGUAUCUUCACGGUUUUAUUACCCAAGCCCAGAAAGUCAUCAAUUUAUGAAUUUGAAAAAAUAAUUACCUUGAUCAUGAACAUCUAUUACUUCCCCCCCCCCCCUUUUUCAUACAGAAAGUCGUUACCACCACCACCCUCCCCCACCCAACAAGGAUAUUUUGAGUUUGUUUUUGCCAAAUUUUGUUCCAUUGAUGUUCAGAACUUUAGUGGUUACUUGAAAAGAAACUGUUAUUGCACUCUACAAAAUGUUAUGUCCUAUCUGUUUGAAUGAUUGCUAUCUGCUAAAAGCUUACUGCAGAUGGCAGGAUGUGUAAACAAAGGACACAUUUACUAAUCAGAGAUUAUUGCUUAAAAUUUUUUUUAAAAAGAAGUUCACAAGGAAAAAAGUAUUAGGUUAACGUAAUGUAAAAACUCCUCGCACUCUUCAAAACUAUCAUGGGAAGUAUUUUAAGUUAAAAAUUUUAGUUAAAUAUUAUGUAAGAUAUGAUUAUUAUGUACAACACUACAUGUAGCUGGCUUGCAUUUAGUGAAUAGCUAGUAAUAUAAAAACUUAAAGAUAAAGAGAGUAAAUAAUAACAUUAGGUAGAGUGAAAACAUUUAGUGUAAUUAGUCACUUAAGGUGUUUGAAGGUGAAAUCCCAGGUAAAAUAAAAGAUUAUUUGUAGCUCAUAUUUUAUAUGGCUGCCAAAACUGCCA